AUGGGGGUUAAGCAAUGGCUAGUCUCCCUGGCGGUAGUUGCCCUUUCAGCUACCGUUAUCCAAGCGAAAGUCGAUGAUCCGGCAGGAAAGGCUGCUCAGUAUCACAAGGAGUAUGCCUUGUUCAAAAGUGAAAAUAUGCCCUCGCCAGACAAGCUAUCUAGCGGAGUUGGAUUCCACUCGUUUCGAAUUCCUGCCGUCAUCCGUACCAAUACUGGCCGUAUUCUUGCUUUCGCUGAAGGCCGCCGCCACAACAACCGAGACUACGGUGACAUCAAUCUGGUCUACAAACGUACCAAGACUCCAACCAACAACGGCGAAAACCCUAGCGACUGGGAAUCGUUGCGUGAGGUUGUCGGCACUGGCCCUCAUACCUGGGGUAAUCCUACCCCCGUUGUCGAUGGCAACACUAUCUAUCUCUUUUUGUCCAUGAACGACGGUGCGUAUAGCCAGAAUGGAAACAACGUUCUGCUGAAUGGAGAGAAAACGAAAAAGAUAGAUUCCACCUGGGUUGGUCGUCGCCACCUCUAUCUCACCGAAAGCAUUGACGACGGCAACAGCUGGUCUAAACCCGUGGACAUGACGAAGACUUUGACCCCAGAUGGCCAGGCAUGGGAUGCUGUCGGGCCUGGCAAUGGCAUCAAAUUGACCUCUGGCGAACUAGUAAUUCCAGCGCAGGGCCGCAACAUUAUCGGAACUGGACCAGCAGGGAACCGUACUUGGUCGAUGCAAAUUCUCAAGGGCGCUGGCUCCGAGGGAACGAUUUGCCAAACACCUGAUGGUAAACUCCUCCGUAAUGAUCGCCCAGGCCCCAAAGGCCAUCGCUCGGUUGCUCGCGGUACCCUCUCUGGCUUUGGCCCCUUUGCAACGGAUAACGGUCUUCCAGACCCUGCCUGCCAGGGUUCGAUACUGAGUUACAAUAGGGAUGAACCAGCCAGAACUAUCUUCAUGAAUUCUGCCUCCGUGGACCGACGCACAGCCAUGCGUGACGCUGCCAAGUUCAACUAUGGCCGUGACCUGCAGGAUGCUCCUCUGAAGAAUGUCGGAAACGAAGGUGGCUACUCUAGCAUGACGAAGACUAGCGAUUAUAAAAUCGGUGCAUUAGUAGAGAGUGACUGGUACGAAGAUAAGGGUGGAGAAAAGUCUCAUCGUGCUAUCAUUUGGCGCCGUUUCAACUUGUCCUGGAUCAUCAAUGGGCCUCAUAACUAG